UGCCUGGGCGAGUUUGUCGAGUGAUGCUUGAGCUGCUCGGUGGGCUGUGGGGGAAGAAAAAGCUUUUCUUCUGAGUGAAAUAUGCCUCCUAAACGAUCAAAGGCCAAGACUUCGUCUGAGGCAAGGUCAUGUUCUUCAUCGAGGUUCAGUACUUUAAAAGUCACUGAGCGAUCGUCUGUUCGGGCGUUUGUUGAGAAAAAUAAGCUGGAGUUUGCACCUGGCAAGGGCUUCUAUCAACUUACAAAACCCGAGACUAUUCACUUUCACAAGGAGAUCGUCGUACGAAGAAAGUCCGAUGGAUUAUUCGCCACCGGCGAGGAGAUUCGAACUAUUCUCAACAUCCCAAAGGAAACUGCUAAGUUUAAGCUUGACCAAGGAAAGCUUGAUGACUUUGAUGUUUUUGUGCAGUCAACAUCCUAUAACAGGGUGCUCCUUCCAGAUACAGAGUUCCUCUAUGACACAGAGGUACAUACUGAUGUUCCUAUGGCAACAAGCUCAUCAAAAGCAGCUGUCAAAGAUGAGGUGUCACCAGAUGAAAAAUCAGCAAGGGGAAAAGGAAAUAAAACAGAGGAAGCAGCUGCUGAAGUAGAGAACGCUGAGGAUACAGCUCCUCCCACCAAGAGACCAAAAGCAACCAUGGGAACAGCAGGUGCAUCAAGUAUGUCUGACGUAAAGGAGAUAGUAUUCUCAUUCGACACCACUGGCUCAAUGUACCCCUGUCUCGCUCAGGUGAGAAAACAUGUAGAGAAGACAGUUGGUCGGCUGCUAUCAGAGCUAAAGGGGGUGCGUAUUUCCAUCUUUGCACAUGGUGACUACCAAGAUAAGGAAGCCACUUAUGACACAAAGUGGAUAGAAUUCUCCUCAGAUAAGAAAAAAAUCACAGACUUUGUGAAGAACGUCUCAUCCACUUGUGGCUAUGACUCGGAUGAAUGCUAUGAACUGGUUUUAAGACAGGUGCGCACGCAGCUAACCUGGACCCCAGGCUCCCAGCGUGCGCUCGUCAUGAUUGGCGAUGCAAACCCGCACCCUCCCUCCUACCACCUCAACACACAAAAGAUAAACUGGCGGGAGGAGGCGAAAAAGCUCUACGAGGAGCUCGGGGUUAGGAUCUACUCCAUUCAGUGUCUUGGAUACGGAGGAGCGGAGUCUUUCUAUCGCCAGCUCGCUGAUAUUACAUGUGGGUGGCACCUUAAGCUAGAUCAGUUCGCUUCCAUAGUAGACUUCCUGAUGGCUAUAUGCUACCGUGAGCAAGGUUUAGACAGUUUACAGGUAUUCGAGGAUGAGGUACGAGGCAGAGGUCCAGGCAUGAAUCGAAACUUGCACAAGCUUUUUGAUACUUUGUCUGGGCGUACUACUGCUUACACUGCACCGGCGAUCGAUGCGGCGGGUUUGACCCCUGUUAACCCUUCCCGAUUCCAAAUACUUGAUGUCGAUGAGCGCGUAGACAUUAGAACAUUUGUGCAAAAAAAUGACCUCAUAUUUAAGCCCGGGAAAGGGUUUUUCGAGUUCACUAAAGCAGAAAAGAUCUCUGAUAAAAAAGAGGUUGUUCUUGUUGAUAAAGUGACCGGGGACAUGUUCACUGGCAGAGAAGCGUGUGAUUUGAUUGGCGCAGGAGGAUCGGGUAGAAUCAAGCCUGCAUCUUUGGAGAAGUGGCGGGUUUUUGUGCAAAGCACCUCGUAUAACCGGGUUUUGAUGCCGGGUACAGGGUUUUUGUACGAGGUCGACUCUGACCACUGAGAUUAUUUUCGAAUGUUAUAUACCUAAUUUAGUUUUAAAUAGUUAAGCCGUAUUUCUUGAUAAUGCUUUGAAUUACGCACUUUUUGGUAUUUGUUUUUAUCCAUACAAUGGUAUCUCAAGUGUUAAGCCGUCGUUUUUUUUACAAUGACAAGAAAAUCGUUUUAUUUACGCAUAAAAAUAUAGCGGUGUUCUCUGCGAAUUCUCUGAAAGCUGUAACCACCUGUACGCGAAAUUUUAAAGGCCUUAUUUUAUGCUGUUAGAUUAAGAAUCAUGGAAUGUUAUUUGAAAUAGUGGGUUUUUUGCCUUUUUUUAGAUGUGUUGUGUUAAUGAUAAAAUAAGCUUGAAUAAAGUCUCCAUUUAUAUUUUGUAACAAUGAAUACACGAUUAGUAAAAGUACAGUAGUGGUAAAAUAUAUAAAUUUGUUUAAAUGGUAAUAAAAACGGAGUUAACAAUG